AUGUCUCUCAUUCCUCGUUACCAUUCGCCAAUCAAGAACAAGCCUUUGGAGCCUAUCUCGGUCCUGGCACCCUUCUCCGGUCUUAUCAUUUCGAUCGCCUUGGUCGUCUUCUUCUUAAUACGUUGGUACAUUCUGGAAGGGUUCCUGAUCAAAUGGAUAUAUGGAUCAACCUACACGGAGCUCAACGAAGUCAAUCGUCGUGGCUUCAUCAAUCACCAUAUCGCCGGUGCCACCAAACUGGUCAUCCUGAUCCUGGCAGUUCACCCAUUCAUCAAUGUCACUUUCCUUGAAGCAACAUUUGCUACGCCUUUCGCACCGGGAUCCGUUGUCACCAUGGGGGAUAUGUUGAUCAUUGUGGCCCAGGGUCUCAUUGGCAUGUACAUCUUCGAACUGAUCUACCGUGCUAAACUGUCCCCCGUCGCGGUGAUGCACCAUGUCGGUACAAUCCUAAUCGGACAAUCCGCCAUUGCGAUCAGCUUGAGGUUGGAUCGGGAGCCAGAUGCCGAUAUAGAGUUUAUUCUGUGCACAGUCUGGGGGGCUUUCGAUAUAGUGUCCGAAUUCUUUCCCCAUAUCGCAAUCAUUCUCUACCGCGUCUACCCCAAUCGUCACCACUUCCUCAGCAAAGUCUUCAUCUUCUCCUGCUUCUCGACAGCCACGGGUACAUUCUGCGAGACUGUCGUGGCCAUGUGGCUGUUUGGCAGUCUAUGGGACCGCUGGCAGAUUGCCUUUAAGGUGGCCACUCCCAUUCUCCACCUUGCUUUUUCUGCAACCCAGAUUCACGGUAGUUUAGUGUUCUGGAAAAUGUACAAGAAUCAAAAGAAACUUGAGCAGGAAGCAAUCGAGUGCCCUCAAGCGAAAGAGGAAGAAACUAUCGGUGUUGCUCUGGUUCGUUCUGCCGGUACCGAUGAGACAGCUGUUCACUCAACCUCCACGCUUGUCGUCGAAGAGAAGCCCAAGUGUCCCUCUUACCGAGAGAACUAG